UGGUCAGUCGGACGCCCCGGAAGGAACGUUGAGGCUGACAGGAUUGGCAAAGGCGGGAGAAGGGUGAGAAGGGAGGCGAGGUGUGCGGCCUGCUGCAUUGGGGAGCCAUGGAAGGCCUCGGUCUCGCGUGGGGAGCCUUCCCCGCCACAGCCACCGCCGCAGCCGGGAUCGGAGCCGCCGCCGCCGGGGGAGCCUGGCUCUACCACGCCGCACGCAGGCGAAAGCCCACCCACAUGACGGUGAACUGCUGGUUCUGCAGCCAGGACACGGUGGUGCCCUACGGGAACCGCAAUUGUUGGGACUGUCCCAACUGCGAACAGUACAACGGCUUCCAAGAGAACGGCGACUACAACAAGCCCAUCCCGGCGCAGUACAUGGAGCACCUGAACCACGUGGUCUCGGGCACGGGACCCCCCUGCGACCCCUCCCGGCCCCAGCAGUGGGUCAGCAGCCAGGUCCUCCUCUGCAAGAAGUGCAACAACCACCAGACCACCAAGAUCAAGCAGCUGGCCUCCUUCACCCCCCGGGAAGAGGGCAAAUACGACGAGGAGAUCGAGGUGUACAAACACCACUUGGAGCAGACCUACAAGCUGUGCCGCCCAUGCCAGGCAGCCGUGGAGUAUUACAUCAAGCACCAGAACCGCCAGCUCCGGGCCCUCCUGCUCCGGCACCACUUCAGCCACCGCAAGGUGGACAAGACCUACAUGCAGAGCUUUUACGCCGCGGCGGCAUCCUCCUCGUCCACCACCCCGUUCCAGGUCGUCGCCCUCCGCUUCCUGGCCUUCCUCGUCUGUGCCGUCCUCCUCUUCAUGGCGUCAUACGGAUCCGGGAACCCGUUCGCCCCGGAAACGGCGUCCGCCCUUGCUCCGCCGAGCCCAGCGUCGGGCAAGAACGGAACCGAGGGCGUCACGCCGAGCAACAACGGCACUCUGCUCGACUUCCUCCGCUGGCAGGAAGUGAUGCGGCUGUUACCGGAAGGAGUGGCAGAGGCACUGGGCAGCGCUUGGGACUACGGGAAGAGCCACCAGACGGCGGUCGUGGUCAUCGGCCUCCUGACCUGCUUCUUGGCCAUGCUGCUGGCAGGACGGAUCAGGCUUCGCCGCAUUGACGCCUUUGCCUCCGUGCUGUGGCUGCUGGUGAUGGGCUUCCACCUGGCGGAGAGCUACCUGCAGGCCGACCCGCCCACCUGGAUGGACACCGCCAAGUUCGGCACCACCUCCCUCUGCUGCCUGGUGGGCUUCGCGGCGGCUGUGGCCACCAGGAAGCCGGUGGGGGGCCAGCGGAGACCCCGGCCACGAAGACACUUCUCCGACGACGCGAUCCCCAUUCCACUCGACAGUGGCGCAGAACUUGGCUUCGCUUUCCCUCCGCCUUUGCCUUCUCCCGCCGCCUUUUUCCCAGCCCGGCCCUACGCUUUGCCGUUCGCACCGCCGCUCUUCCGCUCCCCGCGACGGACCUCCUCGUCCUCUCUUCCGGGGCGCCUCAACCGGGCUCUGUCCUUGGGCACUACCCCUUCCCUGGCCAGGACUGAUUCGGGAUACCUGUUCAGCGGGAGCCGGCCCCCUUCGCAGAUGUCCUUCUCCAAGGAGUCGCCGACAUCAGAAUAUUUCUCGCUCUUCUCCGGAAGCUGUUUCCCUUCCCCGGCGCCGUCACCUGCCCCGUCCGUGGCCGGUUCCGUGGCCUCGAGUUCGGGUUCCUUGCGCUACCGCCGACCGCUCAUCAGCCCGGCCCGGCUCAACUUAAAGGGCCAGCGCCUGAUGCUCUUCUCGACCCAAAAUGGGGUCUCCUCCGGCGAAGACUUUGCCCCGUCGGAAAACCACGAUUUGCCCACUUUCCCCAAGAGGAACCACAUUGAGAGAGAAAUGCAUGAUCCCAGGACAGUCCUGGAGGCGGGCAGCCUCUGCAGCGAGAGCUCCGUGAAGAAGAGGGAUGACUCCUCGCACGGCUCCAGCUGCGUGGUGGACACCACCACCAACGGCGAGGAGAGCGCCGGCUGGAAGGGUCGCGUGGGCUGCUGGUCUCUCCGGGGCCUCCUCGCCGUGAGCCUGACCCUCAACGCCGUCUUCACCUCGGCCUUCCUCUACCGGAACCUGCGGUGAGAGACGAGAUCCACGUCAGAGGCCGGCUCCUUCCUCUCUCUCCUUCCUCGCGAUCGGCGCCACGUUUCCUCCGAAGGACCUGAAAGAGCCGGACAACGGAUGAAAAAUAGGAGGAGAGUGGACAUUUGGCCGAGGGCCGCUAUGCUUCAUUUUUUUUGUGUGGGACGGCAUUUGACGGGCUCCAAAACACGGGAGUCCAUCCCCGUUGGGUCUCCUCGCUUUGUCGCUUCUCUCCUUCGAGGACAACAAACUUUCCGUUUUGGGAUCCUCGCUCAAACCGGCCUGCAUUUCAUUCCUCCCUGUCUGGCUCCGGCCACUUUCCCGGUGCUGAAGUUUGUAUCAAGUCAGAACUUAUUUUUCCCUUUAGCCAAACUUUUAUUAUUAUUUUAACAACCCAAUCCCACAGCCCUGUUUUUGCCUUACAAAGGGGCACCACUUCUACUGUAACGAGACGAAAACGCCUCAAUUGUACUGUAACGGCACAAGCAUUUUGUUUUUGUUUCGAGCUCCGUCGGAGUGGGCGCUGCAACGAUACGAAAACACCCCAAUUAUACAGUAACGAUACACACUCUUUGUUUUCGUUUCGAACUCCAUCGGAGUGGACGCUGCAAUGAUACGAAAACACCCCGAUUAUACAGUAACGAUACACAUGUUUUGUUUUCGUUUCGAGCUUUGGCGGAGUGGGCGCUGCAACGAUACAAAAACACCCCAAUGAUACAGUAACGAUACAUGCGUUUUGUUUUCGUUUCAAGCUCUGUCGGCGUGGGCACUGCAACGAUACGAAAACACCCCAAUUAUACAGUAACGAUACACACGUUUUGUUUUCGUUUCGAACUCCGUCGGAGUGGGCACUGCAACGAUAUGAAAACACCCCAAUUAUACAGUAACGAUACACACGUUUUGUUUUCGUUUCAAGCUCUGUCGGUGUGGGCACUGCAACGAUACGAAAACACCCCAAUUAUACAGUAACGAUACACAUAUUUUGUUUUCGUUUCGAGCUCUGUCGGAGUGGGCACUGCAACAAUACGAAAACACCCCAAUUAUACAGUAACGAUACACGCGUUUUGUUUUCGUUUCAAACUCCGUCAGCGUGGGCGCUGCAACAAUACGAAAACUCCCUGAUUAUACUGUAACUAUACACAUGUUUUGUUUUCGUUUCGAGCUCUCUCGGCGUGGGCACUGUAACAAAACGAAAACACCUCGAUUAGACAGUAACGAUACUCACUUUUUGUUUUCAUUUCGAUCUCUGAUGGCGUGGGCUUUUGGAGACAUGACCUGUUGACACAUGCUGCUUUACUGAAAAUGCUGCAAUCUGCGGAGGAGAAUGCAGCCUUUGUCUGUUCUUUCGGUGGCGACCGUACCACUGAAGCGACCUCGCCUCCUCCUCAAACACCCGCAACGUCUCUCAAUGCAAAAACAUAUCCUUCCCGUUCUCUACUUUGAUGUAAUCUCAACGAAGGGAGGUUUUGGGAAGCCUAUCUCCUAUUCAGCUUAUCAAAACAUUGUUCGGCCUGUGUUUUUACAAUACCGCUUCAAAUUCCAACAAUACAGUAGAGCCUCGCUUAUCCGACCUUCGCUUAUCCGACAGCAUUUCCCGUUUCAUUAACUAAGGGUUAUUUGAGUCCCUGUUAGUAUUCUAGGUGUCUAACGCCACGUCGAAACUCCAUAUUAUCUGACAUUUUCAUCUAAGUAAUGAGACUCCGGAUUAUCCAACAUUUUUGUCUAAGUAAUGCCGCGUUUAGACUCUGUAUUAUCCGACAGUUUUGUCUAAGUAACGCCGUGUUCAGACACUGUAUUAUCCAACAUUUUUGUCUAAGUAAUGCCGCGUCGAGACUCCGUAUUAUCUGACAUUUUUGUCUAAGUAACGCUGCGUCGAGACUCCAGAUUAUCCAAUAUUUUAGUCUAACGCUGCAUUGAGAUUCCGUAUUAUCUGACAUUUUUGUCUAAGUAAUGCCGUGUCGAGACUCCAUAUUAUCUGACAUUUUUGUCUAAGUAACGCCGCGUUUAGACUCCAUAUUAUCCGACAUUUUUGUUUAAGUAACGGCGCGUUGAGACUCCAUACUAUCCAACAUUUUGUCUAAGUAACGCCGUGUCGAGACUCUAUAUUAUCUGACAUUUUUGUCUAAUGCCGCAUUGAGACUCCUGAUUAUCUGACAUUUACAUCUAUCUGACAUUCGGCCGGCCCAUUGAUGUUGGAUAAGCGAGAUUCUACUGUAUAUAUUCCUAUAUCGGAAGGAAGGAGGAAAAUCCCUGCCUAUAGACAUCUAGAUCUUGUAUACAACAUCCUUGCAUCGAGAAAUCUAGCUCCUCUCCAAAAAGGAAGAUGAAAUUUUCACUGGUGCUAAAACACAGAAUUUGUUUUCUCCCAUCUGCCAAAAAAAAAAAAAAAAAAUCAGAUAUUUUGCCCCCUGUGCCAGACUCGGGACUUCGAUUCCCAGAACCAACUCGUAACGGUAACGGUGCUAGAACACGGAUUUGCUGCACACACCAUGUCCAUGUCCCAAACGUCAUGUGACGGGUGUCUUAACUUCUUGGGACCUUAAUGCCGUUUAGGACACAUUUCUCGUGCUUGACGUUUUGCAAAAUGGGGAAAUGAUAAUUCCACCUUUUUCUGGAAUCAAAACGCAGGUAUCUUUGAUAUUCUCGCAUCCAUCGGCCCUGCAAUCUUUCGUGCGUCUAAGAUGUUGGACACUUCAAAAGACAUUGACUCUUAUCCUAAACCAACUCCAUGAGGACUAGCUCCUUGAAUGUAGAAGCAACCGCCUUCAGGAAUGACUCUUGAUCUGCAUCAAAUACACUGUGUCCUGCGAGGCUUGAAUUUCGGGGUCGGGGAGGGGGAAUUGGGGGGCAAAAGAGUAUUGCGGACGUUGCGACUGUGGGAUGGGAAAGUCAACCAUUUUGAAGGAAAGAUGGUGGGUUUUGUUGUUGUUGUUGUUGUCGUCGUCGUCGUUCUCCUUCCCCCGUUUCCUCCGUGAAAAGGUUUAUGUUCCGUGUUUGGAGAGAUUAUUUUUCCUUAUUAAAAAAUCGAAAAAAAAGACAAAUAAAUAGUUGGGACUCUCAAGAA